AUGAAUGAAAGCCAACUUGGGGAUGAUGAAGAUCGCUUACACCAGACUGCCAACUCUCCUGAAAACUCCGUCAAAAAUGACAAGAAAAAGAAGUUCAAUAUUGCAAAGAUUUUUUCUUCUAAGAGACGAGGUAGAGGAGGCUCAGACGAUGAUUCUGCGUCACCAGAUUGUGAUACAAUUUCUGCCGAUUUGGAGAAGAAGAUUAAGAUUGCAUCGACGAACAAGGACUUUUUGGAAGCCUCUCCUUGCAUAAGAAGAAAUUUCUUAGAAAGAAGGGGGAGUGGCGGGUUGCUCGAAGGGCUGAAUCUCUCGAAUUUCGAGUGUUCCAUGGCUUCAGUGACUGAAAUUCGAGAUUUUCGGAUAUUUGUUGCAACCUGGAACGUGGGAGGGAAGACACCCAACAGUGACAUGAACCUGGAAGAUUUCUUUCUAAGGGAGGGCUCUGCAGAUAUAUAUGUUUGUGGGUUUCAAGAAAUUGUUCCACUCAAUGCUGGAAACGUUCUAGGAAGUGAAGACAAUGAACCGGCUAUAAAAUGGCUGGCUCUUAUAAACCAAGCACUUAACAAGCCACGUCAGAGUCCCAAGCACUCGCCACCAGCCACUGGCAAUGAUUCAAAAAGCUCCAAUACUAAUGCCUGCAAGGAGUUGAAAUCACCGACCAAUCCUCACAUUUUCGAUAAACAAGUUCUCAAAAUCCUGAGUAAGAAUUUGAGGGCUGGGAGUAGCCUUCUCAAGACUUGCAACUGCCCCGUUGAUUACGCACAUGGGGAGUACAGAAGGAAAAAGGCGAUUCGGAAUUUAGCAAAUGAUCUAGGCCUUAGUCCCUUACCUGUGGUUUACAAUACUAGCAUCAGCGAGUUGGUUGCACUCUCUGAGAUGUUACCACUUUGUUCAACUGAAGAAAUGAAUUACCGCCUUAUCACCGACAAGCAGAUGGUCGGACUGUUCCUCUCGAUUUGGGCUCGAAAGGAGUUGAUGCCAUACAUUGGUCAUGUCAGAUUGUCCUCUGUAGGAAGAGGAAUAAUGAAACGCCUUGGCAACAAGGGGUGUAUAGCAGUAAGCAUAUCGUUGCACCAAACAAGCUUUUGCUUUGUGUGCAGUCACUUAGCUUCAGGUGAAAAAGAAGGCGAUGAGCUCAAGAGGAAUACCGAUGUUUCUGAGAUUCUCAGAGGCAUACAGUUUCCCAUCAUUUGCAAAACUCCCAAUCACCGAGCCCCGGAGAAAAUUAUUGAGCAUGACCGAGUAAUAUGGCUUGGAGAUUUGAAUUAUCGGGUAGCCUUGAGCUAUGAGAAAACCAGGAGCUUGUUGGAGGAAAACAACUGGGACACCCUUCUGGAGAAAGAUCAGUUAAAUAAGGAGAGAGAAGCCGGAAGAGUAUUCAGUGGUUUCAAAGAGGGACGGAUAGUCUUUGCUCCUACUUACAAGUAUUUAUAUAAUUCGGAUUCGUAUGUCGGAGAAAAUGGCAAAUCCAAGAAGAAACGCCGAACGCCUGCAUGGUGUGAUAGGAUACUAUGGCGCGGUUCUGGCAUCGAGCUAUUAUCUUAUUUUCGUGGAGAAUCCAGAUUUUCUGAUCACAGACCUGUUUCUGCUGUUUUUUCUGUUGAGGUCAUAGUAAGAAGGAAAUACGAUAAAUUCAGGAAAGGUUAUUCAUGUGGUCUAAGAAGAUUUGAUUACGAAGAAUGUUUACCUCGAAGGCAUAGUUUCUAUGAGCACUAA